AUGAUGUGGACCUCGAACGACUUAAAAGGGCUUAGCCCCAGACAGAUCGCAUACCGGGUCCUGAACUUCUCUGUGGUGAUCGCUUCAGCCUUGAUGGCCUGGGAAGCUUACAGGAUCCUCACUAACUGCGAGAGUCCGAUCGUCGUUGUUCUAUCAGGCUCCAUGGAACCAGCUUUCCAGCGGGGAGAUCUGCUGCUCCUAACGAACCACGAGGAAGAUCCGGUGAACGCUGGAGAUAUCGUAGUGUUCAAAAUUGCCGGGAGAGUCGUUCCCAUCGUACACAGAGUGAUGAAAAUACACCAGAACGGCAAUGGGACACUGAAGAUUUUAACCAAGGGCGACAACAACUCCGUCAACGAUCGAAGUCUCUACAGUCCUGGGACGGCCUGGCUCGACCGGAAGAACAUCGUUGGACGUGUUCGUGGUUUCGUUCCGUACGUAGGAUGGUUGUCGUUGGGUCUGCAAGAAUCCCCCCGCCUGAAGUAUUCAAUCCUUGGAAUACUGGGUUUGACUGCUCUAAUUCGGCCUUGACGGAGAAUUUUCGGAGCGAGGAUGGAGUCACCGCUCAAAACUUCGGCAUAUCUUAUUAGUUGAAUAUCGAGACCUAUUUUCAAGGAAGAAUUUGGAAUUAUAUGUCCCCGUGUAUAGUUAUGGGAGCUGCGAAAUAUUGCAUCUGGUGAGAAUACUUGAAAUAAACGAGUAAAGUUCGGGCUCGAGCCCCAUGUGAUCGCAAGGA